GUAAACUAGACAGUGUCUUAUUAUAAACAUUUCAUGAAUUAGAAAUAAAAACAAAAAACACGAAUAUAUUGGACAUACAUAUUUGUAUAAUUAAUUAAGUCUUAUAAAAAGAAUAUUUAGUGUCAUGCCGAUUGUAAUAAAAAUGCCCUCCCAAAGUAACGGUAUAGCUGAAUGGGCAAUUGUAGAAAUUCAAGGUGACUUAGAAGUCCGAUCUGAUGAAUUAAUGAAUAGUCAGUUUAUUGGAGACCUUUAUUAUAACAAAUACGGGCAACCUAUAUUUAUAAUUGGACAUCACAUAUUGCAAGGGCGAGAGCAGAAAAUGGAUAAGCCACUUGCAGUUCUGGAAAAAUCAAAGACAAACCACGGUCUUUAUUUAGAUGAAACGGCUCAAGAAAUUGAUGAAAGUAUUUUUAAUGGAACAACUCCAGAUCGAACCAUAUUGGAUUCUACAAUUGCUUUAGAAAAUAAAUCAAAGCAAAGAACGGAGUAUUCAGUUAAAGCAAUUGUAACAAAAAAAUUAAUUUUUAAAUCAAGACCCAAGCCAAUUAUAGCCAAUGUUGCAAAACAUCAUUAGAAAAAAAAAAUAUUAAUAAUUUUAACAAAAGUUUAUUUUGAAAAUAAAAUAAAUUUCCU